UCAGCAGACGCAUCUGAAUGAAACUGGCUCGUCGGCGACGGACAUUGCGGUUCCAAGUAUCUCCCGUCAUCGAGGAGUGACCUUCCCUGGGCGGGAGCCCGAAUGUCGCCAGUUCCGCCGCCGCUCUGUUGAAGAAGCACUAGAUGCGAAAGCAGCGCCAUUUCUGUCGGCGUCCAUGAUAGGCGCUGCUACCGCAGCAGAUUCCAGAGCUCGAGCUCGGAACGGCAGCGGGAGAGAAGUAGCCGCUCCCCUUUCGCCGCUUCCCUACUCCCAGGCCACGGCAGAUUGUGCCGGUGAACUAGAGCCGCUCUCAUAAUGGACCUCUCUGCCUGAGACAGAAACACGUCUUGUGUUUUGCUCAGCAGCUGGGAGCUUUCAGCAGCCAUGCCUCACCAGUAAAAUCCCUCUUUUUUUUUUUCCUUUUUUUUUUUUUUGCUUAAAGCAAUAAAAACCCAACACCAUCCUACAUGCCUCCCCAUGUAGAGCCCCUCACUUACAUCCUACUGGAGUGACGCCCCCCCUGCUCGUCCAGAUAGGCUCUGCCUCGUCCUUCUGUUGUUGUCCACCUCCUUCCCUUCAGUAACUACCCGUCAUGAGGCUGCUGUGCCAGAAAAUGGCCUACACCUGAGGUCCCAUGCGUCCAGUGAGCACCGAUUCGGACGGUCCCGCUCCUCCUGAGAACCUCUCUUGCCCUUACCCCAGUGUGGGAGCUCUGUCUGCUUCAGAGAUGUCCUUGCUCCAGUCUCUGGGGCCGGUACAAAGCUGGCUCGGCCAGGAGCUCGAGAAGUGUGGGAUAGAUGCCAUGAUCUAUACCCGCUAUGUUCUUAGCCUCCUCCUGCAUGACAGCUAUGACUAUGACCUGCAGGACCAGGUGGCAGAAAGCUUUGCACGUGAUUGCAGCAAAGCCGUUCAGGUAUUACCGGAGCGCAACGUUUUCAUACCUGCAUUGCUUCAGAUGUUGGAAAGAUCUCAAAUAUUUCUCUUGUUUUUGUCUCUGGUGCAGAACUCUGGAAUUGAGAGCCUGGUUGAGGAGCUCUGCUCCAAACUUAAGGACAUCCAAAACAAACAGAAAGAAGAGAAACGGAUUCAAAAGAAAUCGGAUGGCUGUCAGUCACCAGAGCGUGCCGAGUCACCCUCUUCUAAGGACCAGGUGGAAAUGUAUUAUGAAGCAUUUCCCCCUCUGUCCGAAAAGCCUGUUUGUCUCCAAGAGAUCAUGACGGUGUGGAACAAGGCCAAGGCCUGCACUUACUCCAGUUCAUCAUCCUCUGCAGCUCCACAAACCAGCACAGACACAUCUUCCCCCAAAGACUGCAACAGUGAUGGUGAGGCUGCUAAAGAGCGAAACCUGGAGGCGUGUAGUACCAUCCCUACUGCGACCAGUGAGAGAGGUCAUCAACGCCGGGGCAAGAAGGAGAAAGAAAACCGAGGCCAUGGCGGUGCGGCAGCGGAGGAAAAGUCCAUCAGCCACUCCAAGAGACAGAUGAGACACAGAUCUGAAGGCAAAUACCGACCCAGAUCCUGGUCUUCUGGUUCCAGCGAGGAAGGCUCCAGCUCCAGUGGGAACCAGGCUGACACGAAAUCAUCCAGAAGCAAAACCGUUAGAGUAAGGCACAAAUCCAGGGAGGCUGCAAAGAACAAGAAGACACGCAACAACGGGCAGGUGAAGCUGCAGAUGAAGGUUGGCGAUAAGGAGGAAAGAAGAAACGCGGGGGUGCGCGGUAGCAGCGCGACUGGCGGAGCUGCUAAACAACCACAGCUUUACAAGAGAGGAAAGAGGCCGCUAAAGGAGAUUCGUAAAGAGCUUGGCUGGCUGGAAGUCAGAGAGUCUGCAGUGGAGGCUAGAAACAAAAAGGAGUACAAGGAGGAGCCGCUUUGGUACACUGAGCCCAUCACUGAGUACUUUGUACCAUUCAGCAGCUGUCAAAGUAAGCUGGAAACAAAAUAUCGCAGCAAGGUUAGCUCUCCUGAUGGCUUCGGCUUCUCUGCAGAUAUGGACAGGCUACCAGAAAAAAUCCAGGGAAUCUGCAUCGCCAGCGAGAACUACCAGCGGACCUACUUAGCGGCGGGCUCGUUUGUGGACGGGCACUUUGUGGAAGCGUCCGGCGACGCGGACGAUGAAGCUGCUGACCUCAAUGAAACUUCCUGCUGCCCUCAGCCAGAAGAUAGUAGAGAUUUAGAUGACAAGCAUCUGUCUGAAUUCACCGACUUCUAUGAAGUUGACAUUUAUCAAUCCAUAUUGGAUACUAGUGCCUCAGAUGCGAUACAAGAGAGUCGGAUCUUAAGCCUGAUUCGACAGAAAAGCAAAGAACAAGGAGAAAACGAGGCAGAAUGCUGUUUGGUGUUAGACGGCCUUGAGCAGCAAGGGGGAAGUGCAAUACAGGCAGAGUCACAGGAAGCUUCGGGAACCGUUGGGUUUCUAAUGGACGACCUUGAAAACAUGGUACAAGUGUGGGGCUGUUACUCACAGUCUUCUUCCGAAGAUGUAGAUGGCGAAGGUUUCCUCGGAGAUUCUCCUGUUCGGCUCUCUCCUCUGCUGGACAGUGUCUCAUUGACCCUGAGCAAGCUCUCUAGACCUCUGGAAGAACCGCCAGUACCUGAAGCUCCCAGCGAGCCAUCCGGAUUGGAUCCAUUCUGCUUCCCUCUUUUCAAGGUCCAGUGCGACAGUGCCACCUUCCCUUUCCCCCGCGACUCGCUUUCUGUCGGUCACGAAAACAUCCCCAUCUCUAGUAGCGGUCUCGACCCGCAUUCUAACAAACAGUCCCGCUUGCUGAUAUGGACCAAAAAUAGUGCCUUUGACGAAACGGAACACUGUUCUAACCUAUCGACGCGAACCUGCAGUCCGUGGUCCCAUUCGGAGGAGACUCGGUCGGACAAUGAACAGGGAUAUGCUCUAGCAGAGGACGCUGCUCAGAUUGGCCGAGACGAACCGGACCGAGUGAUCCCUCCUCUUUCGGGUACAUAUCUAGAAGAUGAAAUAUUGGAGUUUUUGCAAGAGGACUCAAGCAAAAAGAAUGAAAAAAUUUGCGUUAGCACAGCACCCAAUCAGACCUUUACCAAAAAGUCCAAAUUGGAGUCCGUUUGCGGCAUAGCGCUAGAGAAGGACGACGGCAAACAGUACAGCACAGACAUGUUUUCAGACAACGCAAACCAACAGAGUGACGAUUACAGCUCAGGGAUCAUAAAAGACAUUUGGACCGCAAUCGGAGACAGGAAAUCUGCCGCGUCAAAAGACGGAGCAGAAAAGCCAAGCGAGGGACUCUUUUCAGACGAGUCGGGCACUUGCUGUUGCCGGUGUCCAGAGGUCCAGACAAAAGGCGUUCCGGUUCAGGGGCCUCAGAAAAAAGCUGUGCAGCGAUCAGAGUAUCGGCUCUGGGAAGGCAAGAAAGAAGAACAGGACUUAGCCAAAAACAAACUCUCCAAAGUAGAUGCCGCUGGGGAUUACAUGACUCCGUCCAAGCCUUGGGACUUGAACUCUGACAAGGAAAGUACAUCGUUCAUCCUUGGAGGGGUGUAUGGAGAGUUGAAAACACUAAGCGGCGAUAAGAACUGGGCCGUCGUGCCACCGAGUGAUACUCAAGAGAGCUUGCUACAGUGCACCACUGCGGCCGCUUCCAGCUCAGACAUGCUCACCAUCACUGGCAGAGAUGUGUUCAUGAACGCAGGCAGCUGCUUCGCGCCCGGACACCGGCCCCUAUGGAGGCCCCUCGUUUCAUUCGGGCAGAGCGAUCAGGCCAUCAGGGGAGGCGGUGAUGGAUUGAAUAAGGGAUUUUCUUUGAUCUUCCAUGAAGAUUUGCUUGGAUCUUACAGCAGCUUGCGUAGAGACGAGCAAGAUUUAGAAUAUCCGUUUGCAUCCUUUAACCUGAAUAACCCCUUCUCUCAAGUCCUCCACGUCGAGUGUUCGUUUGAGCCUGAGGACAUGGCUACUUUCAGUCCGGGAUUCAAGCCCAAAUCCAUUCUUUGCUCUGAUUCCGAGAGCGAAGCCUUCCAAACUCGACUCUACGGCAUCAAUCGGACGCAGUAUAGAGCCAUUCGCAUUUCACCCAGGACUCAUUUCCGACCAAUAUCAGCCUCAGAGUUGUCUCCAGUUGGAGUUAGCGACUCGGAGGCCGAGACUGACAAAGAGGAGAUGAGUUUUCCCGUAGUGGCGCCAGUGGACGUGUUUGAUGAUCCUCAGGCCGACCUCAAACCUCUGGAGGACGACGCAGAGUGUGAGGGGCCUUAUUACGGGAAGUCAGAACUGGAAUCUGGUAAAUUUUUACCCAGAUUAAAGAAGUCUGGCAUGGAGAAGAGCGCCCAGACUUCUUUGGAUUCACAAGAGGGUUCAAGCACGCUUCUGCCGAUUGCCGAGCAGGAGAGCGGCUUGAGCUGCAAAACAGCCGCGUCGAGCGCAGGCGGACAGGCGGAUGUGGACAGGACUCAACCGGAAGAAUCUUCAGAACCGAAGCAGUCCAAUUUAUGUUCACCAGCUGGUCAGAUCCCCAAGUAUGGGAUUGCCUACGACUAUGUUGGCGACAUGCCAGAGUUUCCUCUGUUAAACAGAAGCGGGCAGGGAGGAAUGGGCGGCCAGCAAGACGAGUUCUGGUGGCAGAACACUAUUUGUUCACCCCUUUUCCCUGGAUCUCAGUGUACAGGGAGCAGCAACGUCUGACCUGUCCAGUUCAUCAGAGAGCAUCUUUCACCAAGAGAAGAGCUUCCUCUGUUCUUGGGACUGGACGUCUAACCAGCAAAAGAUUCAGGAAAAAAAACAAACCCUAACGUAGGCUAAUAUCUGAGAAACGUCUCCAAAACCCCCCAACGCAUAACCCUGUUGGCUUUUCAUUUACUAACUUCAAAACAAAAACAAGAAGAAAAAAAAAACUUGUGUAAUCAACAAUCAGAUCAACAAAAUGAGUGAAAAAAGAAAACUUUGAAAAAAGAAAAAAAAAAAAGUUCUGUCUGUGAGUGAUGCCAUGAUUAUUCUGCACACCGGUCCUUUCUCAAAUCUCCCACUUAGCUUGUAGAAACGUUUUUGAUUUCUUUAGUUUUUUUUUUUUUUUGGGGUUCUGUUCCCACCGUUCCGACAGGGAACCAGGUUCCGGCGGGCGGUGCCGUCUGAAUGGUUGCGCAUGUUCCUCUGUCCGUCCAGCCAGCCGCACUCCUGUUUUUAGUCGCGUAAAUCGACCGCUAUCACAUCCUCUACUUUCCACGUUGACUUCAGAGAGAGAAUAAAGGACAGAGUAGAGGUUUUUAUUUUAGUUCCCUAACGAUUUCAGAUUUAAUUGAUCUAGUUUGUACAACUUUCUGAAUGUGAAGUAGAGAAUGUGUUGAGCUUUCUGAAUAUCCUCCGCUUUCCCUGUGUGUGAAAAGUUGUCUGAUUUCUGAAUGGUGAUAGUCUUUUAAAGAGAUAGUAGUAGAUAUAGUGUGGUUUGUGAGGUAAAUCUUAAAAAGAAAACCAUUAAUCAGAGUUUUUUUGGGGGGGAAAUGCAAAUAGUUUAAUUCAAACUGCAAUUCUGUUCAAAUUGGUUUCAUAAAAUACAGAAAAAAGGAGGUGGUGAGACUACAGACAUUUUAGUUUUUCCUUUUAUUCUUAUAUUUUGGUGAAUUCUAUGGUACAAAAUUUCGGUGCUAUGUUCCAAAAAUCUUUUUUUGAAUUCACUAAUAAAGUUUUUUGACGUAGUUUUGUUUUUUUUUUAUUGCAAAGAUUUGAACGAGAACCUUUAGACUGACCAGUUCUUUCGCUUUGCGUCGUUUAUUCCGACCAGAACCGGCCGCUAAAGGCUGCGGCGGAAACAUCUCUGCAGACGGUCCACGCUGCGCCGGUGGACUCGGUAGGAAACGUCAAACCAAAAACCAACAGGAAGUACUCAACGCUUUUUUUUUUUUUUUUUAAUGUGAGGUGUGUUUUUCAUUUUCUUUGGGUUUACAAUAUAUCCUGUUGAAAUAUUGAUUCAUGUCUCUCUGUUUUGUGUGUGGUGGUGUAGAACUUGUGAAGACACUGGUUCAGCCUGAGUGUAGUACAAUUUUUUAUUUCAGAGAAACAGGAAACAGCUGCAGAAUCUCAAAAGAUGGAAAUAAUCUGAAAACCUUUAAACAAACCCCUCGCUAGGAUUAAAAAAAAAUUACUCUAAUUUAAAAAAAAAUGAUUAUUUUUCUUCCUAAAAUGUAAUUUAUUUUUCAUAAAGAUAACGAGGAUAAUAAUAUAAGUAACCCUAAUUGCCACGAGCACCACGAAGGUGAAGCACAGAUUAGUGAAAUCAUCCUUUUGUUUGUGUCGUCAUGCGCUGUCUACGCAAAAAGAUGCGGCUUCCACUUUAAAGUGCGAAUUUUAGUUCAGGCAAGUGGUACUUUAAAACAAAAAAAAAAAUAAAAAAACACCUUCAAGUAGUGGAAUGAAGCAAACUUAACUUCAGGGUCUUGUCCCCUUUCCUUAACAGUCAAGAUACUCAGGAAUUUUUUAAUGUAAGCAUAACCUACACUCAGACCUGUGACAGUGCAGUGAUGCAUUAAUGUUUGUUUUUGUUUUUUUUUGUUUGGGGUAGAGCAGAAAUUGGUGACAGAAGUUGUUUUCAAGCAUACGGCUGUAAUGACUGUCAUUAAUGUAGAGCUAUCUGUUUUAAUUUCAAUUUAAAGAAUAAAAUCGAAGCCAUUGUUGAUUGCAUAAACAUGGUGGGAAGGGAGUCCAGGAGCCCUGAGUUCUAUGCAAUAGCUUGGCGCAUGUAAACAUUCAAAAGUAUAGGGACAGACGUCAUGCAGCUAAUUAUGCAUGUGGGUUACUUUUGAGUGAGGGACGCCUGAGAAACACGACGGAAUGUCUCUGAGAAAUAACGCAUGCAAACAUCACACUCCAUUGCUUUUGAGUUGGAUGAAACACUUUUUAUCAGCACAAUAAAAAAAAGAAGUAUAAAUCGGUGAGAGAAUGUUUAGAAGCGUGUGAGCGUGUGUGAAUGUGUCACAAAAAGCACUUACAUUGGAUGGAUAGCAUUACAUCAUUCUCCUCCAAACUUGUUUUAUAAGCUGUUUAAAACCAGGAAAUGG